AUGACAGUUCUUAGUACAACUAUCGGUAUCAUAUUCUUUUUACUUCACUCUUCUUCUGGAGAAAGUGGCUUCGAACAGGAUGACGGAUUUGAAGAUGAGGAACAAGAUGACUAUGAGUUCACUUGCUAUAGCCAAUUGCAAGUCCAUGGCCAGCAGCACACUCUGACUUGUUCCUUCAAUGACUCGUCACUCAACAGCACCAGUUUGGGGCUCCAGAUAUGUGGUGCAUUUAUGUCCAACAGACAAUGUGAGAUGAUGAAGAAAAGAGAAAAGGAUUAUUUUAUGAAAACAAGAUCAUUUUCGCUGAUUAGUGCUUGUGAGAUAUGCGUGAUACUUGGAAAAAGUAAGGUGCAUUGCAAAACACUGAAGAUAACCAGAAUAGUGAAGCCUGAAGCUCCUUUUGACAUUAAUAUCACUUACCGCGAAGCAGCAAAUGACUUUGUGCUCACGUUCAAUACAACACACUUAUGGAAUGACUAUGUAAAAGAGUUAAUCCAUGAUAUAGCCUAUCGCCAAGAAAACAGUAAAAGCAACUGGAUGCACAUAAACUCAACCUAUCCUCUUGUAAUACUUCUGGAAAGAAAGCUACAACCAAAUUCAACAUAUGAGGUUAAAAUACGGUCACUUCCUGGUGGAAACUUUUUUGCCGGGUUCUGGAGUGAUUGGAGCCCCAGUGUCUACUUCAGGACAUCACUGAAACCCAAAGCAGAGGAGCUGGACUAUGUCACGCCCAUCAUCAUCACUCUGAGCUGCUUCUCUGGGAUCCUGGGGAUUGUUGUGAUCUGUUUGCUGUGGGAUAAAAGAAUUAAACCUGUUUUGUGGCCCAACCUUCCUGACCACAAGACGACUCUGGAACAGCUGUGUAGGAAACCACAAAAGAAUUUCAACAUCAGCUUCAAUCCAGAAAGCUUCCUGGACUAUCCAAUUCAUAAAGUGGAUGGCAUUCAAGCCAAAGAAGAGGUAGAAGGUUUUCUGCAAGUCCCGCUCCCCCGAGACCUCAAUGUCACAGAGAAGAUUGGGCUCAGCCCUGACUGGCCAUCUGAGAAUAACAUCAUCCCACCAGUGGCUUAUGGAGGAAACUCACCCCCAGUUUGCCUGCAUGGGAACUUCAAUACAUGCGAUCUUUCCAUGGUCAUGGCCCCAAAGCCACCCAACCACCAGGAGAACAGCAAAAAUGAAGCUCGUUUCUGUGGAGGCCUGCUUCUUAGCUCUGACUCCAGAAACAGUGCCUUGGCAUUCCCUUUUCCACUCAGACUAGGAGUCUUGGCUCCAAAUCCAACUGCCCAAGGACAACCCAUCAAUGCAAAUCUGAGGUUAAGUCAAGAAGAAGCAUAUGUCACUAUGUCCAGCUUCUACCAAAACAAGUGAGCCUCAAGAAAUCCAUGAUUUGGAGCAUCACAGCCAACAAAAACAACAGAGGGGGCUGCUUGGAGACCCUAUUUCCCAGCCAGAAUCUAGUCUCUGAUAAUAACUCAACAUAAAAAAGAAAAGGCAACUUUUCUAUUUGUAAUGCAUCUACAUAAACCAAAUUUUGAAACAUCUCUUUGGCCAUUCUCUAGUUAAGUGAUGCUUCCUUCUAACAAGAUUAGAGUGCCCUUGCUUCUAUUGUUAUUGAUUUCAAAAACAAAUUACCAAGCUAUUCAAUUCUUUGAAAAUGGAAGAAGAAGAGAAAAGGAGGAAGGGAAGAGGGAAUGAUGAAAAGAAAGAUGAGACAGAGGGAGGAAAAGAAGGAAGAAAUGAAGAAAAUGAGGGACAAGUGAUGGAUGAGACCCACAAGUAUAAACCCAGGAUACACUCUCAUAAUCAAAAGUUGGCAAUGUGGGCAUAGAAAUAGAGAGUGCCAAAGACACUCUACGAUUCUAGCUUGUCUCCCAGCUGCUCUGAACUACCUGUCACACACCAUUUUGUAGUUUACUAUUUAACCACAGACAGUUUUUGGCAAUGGAAAUGCCACACUCAAAGCAGGAAGUCCAUGUCUUGGGAAAUAUACCCCAGUUCUAAGAAAGAAGGGAAAUGAGCUUUUUUCUGGUUCAAGAAUCACAUCUGCAGAGUCUGAAGAUAGAAAAUACAAAUGACUUUUGAGAUUGAAACAUAGAAUCACCAAAUCUUAGCUCUGAAAGGGACCUUAACAAUCAUCUAGGUCAAACUUUCACCCAAUUCUCUACAGUCUAAGGAAAUCACCAUCUCACUGUCUACAUUCUAUCUGGGGACAAAACAAAACCUCUUCUAUUUUUCUAUGACAGUCCUCAACUUGAAAUUGAUUAAUGGUAGGAAAAAAUGAUGAUUUCUGAAUUACCAAGGCUGUGGGGUUCACUGUGACCAGCUAUUAUCAAAGUUUGUAGCCAUUACUGGUUCUUGGAAGAAAUCUCAUUGCUAACCUAUGAUGUCAGGGCAUUUCAGUACAUGAAGUAAGUGAAUAAGCUUUCAUGUUAGCAUUAGUCAAUCAACAACCUGCAUUUAUCCAUGAAUUGCCCUGCUCUUCUGAAAACUUAAGAAAUGGAGCAUGUUACAUUUAUUUGUAGUUAGUAAGUUCUGGCCAUAUUAGGGAUCUUCAUUGGAUUUCAUUGGAAGUCACAAUUUGUGGACACCUUAGAGACAUGGUUGCUUUUACCUUUUGUCUCUCUUAGUUUGAUGGAAGUUCAAGGAUGUAUAGCAAGCUACAAGCAUAGAAGGAAGAUGACAGAUAUAGGAAUUAAUCCAAAUCUCAAGGACUGAGAUUAAAGCAACUGGCUAUUGCAGUCCUCCAUUUGCUGCUGUCCCCUGUCCCUCUCCUCUUAGGGCCAUCCCUUAAUAUAACGCAGAGAGGUUAAAAUGGGAGAGGUGAAGCUGGGGAAUUAAUGUUGCAUAAUAGAUCUAGGGCAGCCUUUCCCCUACCUAGUUUAAUGCCAUGAUGAUGAUAAUUUUACUACCUUACAUGCUUUGUACAAUGAUCUGUAUUAUCUCUGUGAGGUUGGUAUAAUUAUUCCCAUUUGAAAGAUGCCAAAAAACAAGACACAAAGAAGUUAAGCAAUCUGCCCAAGAUCACACAGAAAGUUGGUGGUAGAGUCAGCAUGAGAACCCAGGUGUAAGGGUGUGUUUUAUAUGAGUAAUGGAUUAGAGCCAAGAAAAAAUGCCCUAUGUUCUGGACCGAACUCCAACACUCCACUAGAGGACUUCUAAGAUCCCUUCUCUCUCUAGCAUUCUAUAAUUCUGUGAUUUGAUAUAAUGUUGUCAUUUGAAACGUUGAGCAUGAGUGAAAAUAGACACAUUUGAGAACAGACACAUGCCUGUAGUCCUUACUGUUGGAAGGGUGAAACUGGUGGAAGUUCUGAGCUGCAGUAGGACUACAAACCAAUUGGGCAUCUGCACUAAAUCUGUAACCAAUGUGGUGAGCCCUCCAUGAGUGAAGGGUCAACAGGCUGCCUAAAGAGGAAUUAAUGGGCUCAGGUUUGAAAUGGAGUGGGACAAAACUUCUAUGAAAAGGAAAGGAAGGAAAGGAAGGAAAGGAAGGGAAAGGAAGGGAAAGGAAGGGAAAGGAAGGAAGGAAAGGAA